CCUAGCCAGAGGGGGCUAACCGCAGAUACCAGCAAGGGCUGAGCCUUGCAGAUGUGAGACUCCAGGUGCAGGCACCUGGUUGACAGCGGGGUCGCCUACAGAAGAGCCAUGCCCAGGUACACAGUGCACGUGCGCGGAGAAUGGCUGGCUGUGCCCUGCCAGGAUGCCCAGCUCACAGUGGGCUGGCUGGGCCGCGAGGCCGUGCGGCGCUACAUGAAGAACAAGCCGGACAACGGUGGCUUCAAGUCGGUGGACGCCGUGCGCUUCCUCGUGCGCAGGUGCAAAGGUCUAGGCUUGCUGGACAACGAGGAUCUGCUGGAGGUAGCGCUGGAGGACAAUGAGUUCGUGGAAGUGGUCAUAGAAGGAGAUGCAAUGUCCCCUGACUUCAUUCCCUCACAACCAGAAGGAGUUUAUCUAUACAGCAAAUAUAAAGAGCCGGAAAAGUUUAUCGCCUUAGAUGGGGACAGUUUGACCACCACAGACCUGGUCAACUUGGGAAAGGGACACUACAAAAUAAAGCUCACUUCAACUGCUGAAAAGAAGGUACAGCAGUCCAGAGAAGUCAUAAAUAGCAUCAUCAAAGAACAGACAGUUGUAUAUGGUAUUACUACAGGUUUUGGGAAAUUUGCCAGAACCGUAAUUCCUGUCAAUAAGCUACAGGAGCUUCAGGUCAACCUAGUUCGUUCCCAUUCUUCAGGUGUUGGAAAACCACUCAGCCCUGAGAGGUGCCGGAUGCUCUUGGCUUUAAGGAUCAAUGUCUUAGCCAAAGGUUACAGUGGCAUUUCGCUGGAGACCCUCAAACAAGUCAUUGAUGUAUUUAAUGCCUCCUGCCUGUCGUACGUUCCAGAGAAAGGAACUGUUGGUGCCAGUGGAGACCUUGCCCCGCUCGCUCAUCUUGCGCUUGGGUUAAUUGGAGAAGGGAAGAUGUGGUCCCCAAAGAGUGGCUGGGCUGAUGCGAAAUAUGUCCUAGAAGCUCAUGGGUUGAAACCAGUUGUUUUAAAACCAAAAGAGGGCCUGGCACUAAUCAAUGGGACACAGAUGAUCACCUCUUUGGGCUGUGAAGCUGUGGAGAGAGCCAGUGCCAUUGCCCGGCAGGCUGACAUUGUGGCAGCCCUGACCCUUGAGGUGCUGAAGGGCACCACCAAAGCCUUCGAUACAGACAUUCAUGCCGUCCGCCCUCAGCGUGGGCAGAUUGAAGUUGCUUUUCGGUUCCGGUCGCUCUUGGACUCAGAUCAUCACCCAUCAGAAAUUGCAGAGAGCCACAGGUUCUGCGAUCGUGUUCAGGAUGCGUACACCUUACGCUGCUGUCCCCAGGUCCAUGGGGUGGUGAAUGACACAAUAGCAUUUGUGAAGGACAUCAUUACCACAGAACUGAACAGUGCAACAGAUAAUCCUAUGGUCUUCGCCAGUAGAGGAGAAACUAUUUCUGGAGGAAACUUCCAUGGUGAAUACCCAGCCAAAGCCCUGGACUACUUGGCCAUUGGUGUCCAUGAGCUAGCUGCAAUUAGUGAGAGAAGAAUCGAAAGGCUCUGUAAUCCUUCCCUCAGUGAGCUGCCAGCCUUCCUGGUGGCUGAAGGCGGCCUCAACUCUGGGUUUAUGAUAGCCCACUGCACAGCAGCGGCCCUCGUUUCAGAGAGCAAGGCUCUGUGCCACCCCUCGUCCGUGGACUCGCUCUCCACCAGCGCUGCCACCGAGGACCACGUCUCCAUGGGAGGAUGGGCAGCCAGGAAGGCCCUCAGAGUGGUGGAGCACGCGGAACAAGUGCUGGCCAUCGAGCUUCUCGCAGCCUGCCAGGGCAUAGAGUUUCUACGCCCCCUGAAAACAACCACUCCACUGGAGAAGGUCUACGACCUGGUGCGCUCUGUUGUAAGGCCCUGGAUUAAAGAUCGCUUCAUGGCCCCGGACAUUGAGGCGGCACACAGGCUGCUACUUGAGCAGAAGGUUUGGGAAGUGGCUGAACCAUACAUUGAAAAGUACAGAAUGGAGCAUAUUCCAGAAUCAAGACCUGUUUCCCCAACCGCCUUUUCCUUGGAAUCCCUACGCAAGAAAUCCAUCAAAAUCCCAGAGUCUGAAGACUUGUAGUGGACAUUGUGUUCCAGAUGAGCAUGCCAGUUGUCACUUAGCUGAUUCCAAGACAGUACUGUGCUGAAAGAGAGGCCUGGGGACAGCCCACUAUGUAACACAGCUUCUCUAAAACCUGCUUUGGUUAGGCUGGUGGCAAUUCCAGCGUUGGAUUCUUG